AAGCCAGACAAACUAAGCCGAGCUGCGCCUGCCCCGCGGUGGGGCGGUAAAUGCGCCAGGCCCCUGCAGGGAAGACAGGGAAGUGGGGCGGUGCCUGGGACUCAGCGACUGACACAGGGGGCCGGGGCCCCGCCCGGCGGGAUCUCUGGGCGUGGGGCACCCCGGCGCGGGGCGCUGCUGAAUGACACCGCGCCGCAGCCCCCCGCCCGCAAGGCCCGGGUGCGCGGCGGCCCCGGGGACGGGACGGGCGCAUUGGCGGCGCAGGGACCCGACAGCGCUGUGGGACAGCGGCCCCCUGCCCCCCCCUUCCGAACUCGGGCAAUAAACGGGACGGGGGGGCACUAAAUCCGCGGGGAACGAGAGUCGUUGGGGCUGGAAGCAAAGACCGCGCCAGAACCGCCGCCCCGCAACGCAGCUAGCGCGACUCCCCGAAGCUCCCUCCCUCAAUUGCAAAUCCGCCUCGGGGCUCGAUAGUCCGCCCUGCCAGCGCUUUUGGUGGCCGCCAUCAUGCAACUCGGCCCUCUAUAGCGCAGCCUGGCGGUGUCUCUCCUGAGGGCGAUUUGCUGGCUCGUGCGGCGCCUGCUCUCUCCAGCCGCCCUCCCUGAGCGCGAUGGGUAAUUCAGCGCCCGAUUGCGCCGCCUCCCCGGUUUUGUUUGAGUUUUUUAGCGCUCUAUUGCUCUCCCCUAAUUGGGGAGGAGUCGGCGCCAGAUGGCUGCUUCCCAUUGGCUGAUUGGUGAGGCGGCUGCACCCCAUUGGCUGAGGGCACAGAGAGACGGGCGCGGAGGGGGAAGAUCAAGAAGAUGGCGGGUCUGGGCUCGCCGGUCCGUACCCUGCGGAGCCUCGUUCGGGAGCUGCGCUACGUGAGCGCCCAGGCGGGCCGCCCCUACCGGGACACGGCGGCCUAUCGGUACCUCAGGGAGGCCUUCCGCGCCCACCGGGUCACCAGUGAGAAGCUCUGCAGGGCCCAGCAUGAGCUGCAUUUCCAGGCUGCUACUUAUCUCUGUCUUCUGCGCAGUGUCCGUCAACACCUAGCGCUUCACCAAGAGUACCACGCCAAAGGAGAGCGCUCCACUGAGGAAGCUGCUGGCCUCGUGGGCCUUAAACUGCCUCAGCAGCCAGGCGGGAAAGGAUGGGAUUCAUAGGAAGGGAAGAGUUCACUAGAAUGUUUGCCUCUCACAAGGACUUAAAAAUGACAUUUGCUUGUUACAAUUCCUAUUUAUAGUUAAAUAAAACAGUUUAUUGAAACUUCA